GAAUCUAGUUCACGGAACCUUACUAAUGUAUGUUCUACCGCAUUUUAUCUUGAAAAUUGUAGAUAAAUACUUUUUAAAAGUGUGAUGUUUUCACCUAUUAAAUUACUUUCGAAAGACUUGCAAUAACUAUUUAACAUUAAAUGAUUUAUUAUUAUUGAUAAAGAAAUUUGUUUGGAUGUUUGAAGGUUGGAAAUUAACAAAGGCAGAAGAACGAGUUCAAACACGUAACUUUGUUAAAUUUGAUUUGUCCCUUAAAUCAACGAAAUACUUAUACUCAAUUAGUCUUUAACAAUGGAAGGCGACGAUGAUUUAGCCAAGAUCUGCAACGGAUUACUUGCCGCUCUUCACGUUCCCCAUCGGCUUAAAAAUUGGCGGGAUAUAACAAGUCAUGUAUUUGUGCUAUUGUACGAAGGAUUAACCGGAGAACCAUUAGAAGGUAUAAUUCGAAAAACAAAAAACGAAUCUGAAGAGGUCAAAAACGUCCAACACAUAAUUGAUACGUUACAAAAUUCCGUCCUGAAAACAUCUUUGAGCCAUAUAAAUGGCGAAAGAGUGGUUAGAAAGCGGAAAACAGCCGUUUCAAAUCUUUUAGAAAUAUUUUCGGGUCUCUUCGAAUACAUUGUCCACAAAAUUGACGACGAAGUUAGUAAGAGUGGCGUCGGAACUGAUUCAAAUGGAGAAUUAGAAGGCAUAUCGGAAGGAGCUUUGGAAAGACUUGGCGAAAUUGAAACAAGCGGGUCAAUUUCGAGGGAGCUCAAAGAUACAGCAGACUACAUUGCUCUUGCUGAUACAGAACAUUCUCUACCCUCAACUACAGCCGAUACAAGAGAGUUAAUCGCGUCAGCCGGUGGAGAGUUACCAUCUAAAAGCGCAACUCAAGAAGACACGAGUGAACUAAUUGCAUUAGGAGACAUAAGCAACUCAAAAGAGGAGCGAGAUGCUUUGACGAGCCAUAGAGAUAAAUCCGAUAGGAAUACAAUAGAAACUGCAGAUGAAUCUGAUUCUCCGUUGAGGUUGACAUUAAGUGAUAACAGUCUGGAGAGGGAUAAAAAAUUUGAUCACAUUGGCCUUCGUCCUAAGCCAUUUGAUUCUGGCAAACAUAAAGGUAAAAUUAAAGAUUCAAAGCAUCAUACUUAUACACAUCACUUAUAUCAUCAUAUAGUCGACGAAUCAUCGAGAGACACCCUAACGAGAUCACUUCCAUUGUCAGUAAGCGAUGAAAGACUGAAUCAUUCCCACACAAAGUCCACAAGUUUUUCUUCAAAAGAGGGAUCGAUUGAAAAUUUGCAAACAAAUCCUUCUUUUGCCGAAAUCCUUAGGAAAUAUGAUCUCUUACCAGAGAAGAAAGUUCAAGAAAGCCGCUCUUUAGACAGUUCUUUAAGUAAAUCGAUGCCAGUUGCAUCAAGGGAAACAGUACCGGCUAAACAUAAGAGAGAGAUUCCAGAACGAAUAGAAGCAUGGAAACUAAAAGACACAAAAAGUUCUACUUGGAAAGCUGAAAUAAAUAACAGAUUAGAAGCAGCUCACAGAGCGGCUGGUGUACCUAUGAGAGUGUCUCCAACUGAGGAAACUUUAAAGUAUCUGUCAGAUAGGCCUGGUAUAGACCAGGAUCAGGAUGAAGAGAAAAACUCUUGCAUACAAUUAGAGCGUAUGAACAAAUCACUGGAAGAAUUAGUACAGGCAUUCGGUAACUAUUCGGCUCGCUUUUCGAAAAUCGGAAGUGAAAAUAUCGGAAAUGUUGACUCGCUGGUAGACGUAGACGAAGAAGAAGAUGAUGAUGAUGACGACGAUGUUGAGAGUGACAGAAGAUCAAACUCUUUUACAAGGUUAACCUACUCUGACGGGCAAGAAGCAGAUAUCAGUAGUUUCGAAAGAGAAACUAAAAAUUACCGUCGUAAAUUGGAUAAAAAAGUCGUUCGAUUUGAUGAUAAAUUCGACAAAAAAGCCAGUGGAAACUUGGGUCCAUAUAGAAAACAAUUCUUAGGAGAAGAAAAGAAAAUGAGACGCCAUAAAGAAAUGAUAAAUGAUGAAUAUGUAGAUGCUCUGGAUAAUUUUAAAGCUGCUAAGAAAGAUAUUUUAUCUAAAAGUAAAUCAAAAGGAAAGGAAAUUGAGAAGAAGUAUAAGAAGAGUGCCUUAAAAAAACCCAAAACAACCACAUCAGCCAAUAUUAUUAAUAAAUACUCGAAACCUCGUUUGCGCUCUAAAUCUUCAAAUCGAACCCACCCAAUAUUAAAUUCUAGAAAGAGAUCUUCUUCAGAAAGUCCGAUUAGACAAGUUUACACAGAUGAUCCUCAAAAAUUAUUGGGUAUGCUUUUGAAAGAAUUUCCGCACUUGGAUUUAUCAUCGGAUGUCCUUCAUGAGUUAUGGAGAUCGGCUGCUCAACAAGCAACCCUAAUGACUUCUGUUGGAAAGAAUACCGGGCGAGAUAAAGUCUUAGAACAAAUAGAGGAAGCCGAGAGAAAACAGAAAAUUUUGCUCGAUAUUAUGAGAAAGGAAAUGAACCACAGAGCUCGAAUGAAAGAGAUCGAUGACCGAAGACAUAGAGAGCAAACAAUGAAAAAAGUCGAGAGGGAGAAGAGACAGCAAAGUGCCAGGGCACGAAGAUACUAUAAUGAAUACCACUCUGGUAUUAAAUCGAAACUAUUGAAGGCUAGAACUAAAGAAGAAAUUCUCUUCAAGCGGCUGUUUAAAGAAGGCUUGGAAAUUCAGAAAGAUCGUCUCCGUGAACUUCGUAAAUAUGCUAAAGAACAACGAUCAGAGAGAGCUCAGAAACAAAAGAACGAAAUGGACUCUUUGGAAAACUUCUAUAGGGAUCAGUUUGAAAUGUUGGCUGAUUCGUUUGAUAAAGAAAAGAAAGACUUUCAAAUAAGAGAAGACGCCCAAAGUAGAGCACUAAAGAAGAUGAAAGUUGAAAUGAGAAAGAAAUUAGAAAGUGAUAUAAAAACUUUACAUGCUCAAUUAAUUAACGACAAUGACGAUGAAUAUUGGCGAAAUGUGGACGUUGAUCGUAUAAGAUUAGAUAUGCAAAGAGCCCCAUUUACGGCCAGAGUUUAA